UAACAGGUUAAUUGGACUUUUGAGUUAUUGAGUUAAAUUGAGAUUCUGAGUUUUUGGUUGAUGAGCUUGGUGCUUGUUGGAGGUGAUCUGCUUCUUCAUGGCUACAUCUAGAACGCUACCUUUGAGGAAGACUAGCAGCUGUAGGCAGUACUCAUUCUAGGUGUCUCUCAGGCAUUUCAUUUCACUUUUACUCGGGUAGUUAUGAUGUGGAUACUAAUGAGUCACUGUAUUUUCACUUCAUUAGGAAAUUACACUUGAAAGUUAGGAUAAUGCUUGCCAGGAAAGCAAUUGCCUCCAGAUAAUUCAGGGACAGGAAAUUUUCUUUACUUGUUUACGUAGAGAAGAAAGCACAAUUUGAUCUUGAUUAUGGUGAUUGUGAUUAAAACAAUAGAAAGUAAUUAGGUUGAACGAAAACUUUUACAUAAAUUGACUGCUUGCAUAGUUACUAGUUAGGACAAAUCCUAAUCUUAGACUAUCCUUUGGAUGUUCUGCUUUAGUUGUGCUUUUCUUUAACAUUGCAUUUCAUACUAGUUAUAUUCUUGUUGACAUUACCAUUGAGAAAAGUACCUUUUCUUAAAUAUAUUAAUUAUAAAAUAUUUAAAAAUAAUUUAAACUUAAAUUUGAUUAAGGUUAAUCAAAACUUUUAAAUAAUGAAAUAGUUUUUUCAUGUAACAGUUUUUGCUUCCAAACCAAACAAGCACUUAAUAAAUGCAGGCAAAUCAAGCUGAUGCUGUAAGACAGCUCAAAUCCAAAUCCAAUUUAAAGAGAAAUAAGGGAAUAGAUAAAAAUCUAAAUCAAUCCAAUUCAUCUAUAAAUACAAAUAUUAUUAUUUUUCACGGUAAAUAAUAGAAUAAUUUUGUGAUUAUUGCUUCAUACUCAAACGGCGUCGUAGUCAUUCGGCUUCUACUCAACACAAAAGAAUAUGAAGGCCGGCUCUAUUGAAAAUAACAAUAAUAUUUUUGCCUUCAAAAUCAAAAGCUACAACUGAAUAAAGGAGCAACUUGAUUUGCCUACAGAUUAUAUUAAAACUAAAGUCGCCCUCCUAACCUAAGCUAAUUGAUUAAAAAAACUAGUUUUAAUCUAGCUGACCUUGUUGCCCAAUUGCAAGUUGCCACUGUGUAUUAUAAAAAUAAAUACGAGUCAAUCAAGUUGUUAUCCAUAAUUAAAAUAAUUUAAAAACUCAUAUUUUCAUUGUCACUGUAAUCAUACCACAAUAUCAUCACUAUAAAUUUAUCCGAUUCGAUUCAUUCAAUUAUAUUAAACUCUAUAUUUUAUCUUUUUCUCUUUGUAUUAAAUAAUUUGUUAAAAUUAUUAUAAUUUUGAAAACAAUUCAAUAAAAUUAUUAUGAUUUUGAUGCGUUUAUCACUAAAAAAAAAAUUAUUACCUUGAAUUGCACAGAUGUUUGCAUCGGUGGAGUAGGGUUGCCUAGACUCUGGUGGCUUAAUUAAACUAAUCCUUUAUAGGUGCUCUCCUUUUUUGGCUUUUUGCCUCUAAUUGAAAGAUGAAUGCACCUGAAUUUACAGCCAUCCAUGUGCUAAAAUCCCAUUACAACAUUCCUUAUCCAUCCAAAACAAAUGUCAAAUUUGCUCUCAUCCCUCAAAACCCAUAUUUCUGUAUGAUGUUUUAAUUUUUUAUGUAGGGAAACCAACACCUUAAAUUUAGUAAAUGUUUCUAUGACUCAAUAAGUUCAAUAUCUGAAUCCUAACAUUAAAAAAUGACAAUAUCAAGGAGAAGAAGAAGAAGAAUUGUUGUAUGAAAACAAGUGACCAAAUGAAUGAUGCGUAAGCCACAUUACCUCAUCAUCCAACUCAAACACAUGACAUAAGACUGUGUAAUAAGCCAUCUGAUCUCACCAUUGAAAAUACCAAUACACGUCUUUCUAAAAUUUUGUUCCUUUCAGAAUCUGCCCCCUAAAAGUGUUUUAUUUAUUUUAUAAAUCCUCUCAUGGGUUGAUGAUGAGCCUCUGAUUAAAAUAUAUAUCGCCAUUACAACUAACUGAACACGUAGCUGAUGACGUUUCAAGCAUACGUAAUCACCUGAUGACUUCAUCAACAUUAAUGCCUGGUUUUUAGGGUUAACUCUGUCCAAUGGGAGAUUAUAAAUAGUUAAAAUACCCAGAAAAGGAGAAUCUAAUUAAUCUAAUUAUUUCCCAUCUCCAAUUAACAAAUCAAUUAAUUACCUAAUUGCUUAUACAAAUCUGAGAAACCAAGGCAACGUAAUCUGCCUGACCUCACCACAGCAUCAGCCUCCCUCUGAGAAAAAUAGUUAAAAAAACAUAAAGAGAAGUGGUCCUGUCUACUGCUGAAGCCAUCAUCGAUUCAUCACCCCAAAUCUAGCUCCUAUCAUAUUGUUCUUUAGCACGUUGAAUUAGCUGCCAUCAGAAAUUUUUAUUGAUAAUUAUUAAUCAUUGUGGAGAUUUGAUCCAUUUAAUUAAAGCCCAGACAAGUGCAUUUUCCACCCAGUAUAAAUUGGGAGAGUACAGGUGCUGCUGUCAGUACUCUGCAGCUAGCUAGCUGGGCCAUGGAUAAAGAUACUAAUAAAGGAGGAGACGUUCGAUAUAGAGGUGUAAGACGGCGGCCGUGGGGGAAAUUCGCGGCGGAGAUUCGUGACUCUUUGAGGCAAGGAGCUAGGAUAUGGCUGGGGACAUUUGAUACAGCUGAAGAAGCUGCAAGAGCUUAUGAUAGAGCUGCUUAUGCAAUGAGAGGUCAUUUAGCAAUCCUCAACUUCCCAGAUGAACACCCUUCGGUUAAGGUUGAUUCUUCUUCUUCUUCUUCCUCCUCCUCCUCGUCGUCGUCUUCAUUAUUAUCAUCAUCAUCCUCUUGCUCAUCAUCAUCUUCUUCUUCCUCAAUUUUACAGAAUGUGGGAAGAAGUAGUGGGACUGAACAUGGGAAAGAAGUGAUUGAAUUUGAGUGUUUAGAUGACAAGUUGCUGGAAGACCUUCUUGAUUUCGAUGACAAUGAAAAGACCAGCAAAGAUUGAACCUUUAUGCCAUAGAAUUGAAUCCGUAUGAUCAUAUAAAAAGGUAACAGAAAAGGAAAGAAAAGAAAAGAAAAGGAAAGAAAAUCCUUUUGGCGCCUACAGGAAGGUAGUUAAUCUUGUAACAUUAUGUGGGGCCAUACGUAACCCUUUUACCCAAUAGAAAUUGAUUGUAUAUUAGCAAUAAUUUGAAUCAUCUCCUUUCUUUGUCUUC